AGAUAAACCAAAGAUCCCUUUCACACUUCUUAGUUUUUUGACAUUUUAGUAUUAACUUAAUUUAUUUAAAUACAUUUUAUUGGGAAGUCUUUUCAAAAUUGCUUUCGUAGUAAUUAAAUAAAAAAUAUGUCUAUUCUGAAGAACGCAAGGCGUGCUCAUCUAAUGGUAAAAGCGCUUCGUAAAUGUGAUCGCAUUGCAUUUACUUCUUCAACGGCAAUAACGCCUGAUGCAACGGCCGCUGCUUCUCUGAGUAAAAACUUUUUACAAACUUUACGCUUGGAAACAUUUGGGCAACCUACUUACGUGACACAUCCUCAUCUUGUGAACGAAGGUGAACUAGUUAUAGGCCAAAAUGUGGAAUCAUUUCGGGAGCGCCGUUCUUGGCUUAUGAGCGGCAUUCAAAAGCUCGAUGCAGAAGAUGCGAAAAAUGUGCAAUGCAAAAAGAAGUCUCAUUUGGUAAUAGUACCAUCAUCGUCUAAGAAAUACAUGAGCGAUAAAAUUCCUUACGUUUUUCGUCAAAACUCCGACUUUUAUUACUUAACUGGUUGUCUGGAACCGGACUCUGUGCUGGUUAUGACCAUCAACGAGAACGAAGAUGUCAAAUCUACACUAUUUAUGAGGCCGAAAGAUAAGCACGCCGAAUUGUGGGAUGGCACUCGUACGGGAGCUGAGAAUGCACCCGAUUUUUUCGGCGUAGAUGAAGCUUAUACAAUAGAACAAUUUUCACAAGUGCUAAAAAAAUACGUAACAAGUGAAAAGCCUCUUGUUUGGUAUGAUUCACCUGCUUCAGAUCAAGCCAACAUAACCAGCGAGGUACAACAGGUAGCUGAUAAAAUAUCAGAGGUUAAAUCUCCCGCUGUCUAUAUACAAAGUCUCCGACUCUACAAAUCGUCUAGUGAGCAAGAUUUGAUGCGUCGCACAUGCCAAAUUGCGUCAAGGGCAAUAAAUGAGGUAAUAGCCGAAUCGAAACCCGGGAUUUCUGAGCAUCAUUUAUUUGCUUCAGUCGACUAUAAGUGCCGUAUGAAAAAUGCCAGCUAUUUAGCAUAUCCGCCGGUAGUAGCGAGCGGUAACAAUGCGACAACAAUUCAUUACAUUAAUAAUACACAGUUGACAAGAAGUGGUGAACUCGUACUAAUGGAUGCGGGUUGUGAAUAUGGUGGUUAUACGAGUGAUAUUACCCGUACAUGGCCCAUAGAUGGAACCUUCACACCGGCUCAGAAAAUCCUGUACGAUGUGGUGUUACAACUGCAAAAAGAAUUGAUAGAUACACUGUUAAAGCCUGGCGGAGAGACUUUGGACAACCUUUUCGAUACAAUGUGCAUUAAAUUGGGAAAAUAUUUGCAAGAAGCCGGACUAGUUCCAAAGAAUAUCGUUGAUGAUAUUAGCUAUGCCAGGGCUGGUUAUAAAUUCUGUCCCCAUCAUGUAUCCCACUAUCUUGGCAUGGAUGUACAUGACACACCACUAAUUCCACGGACAUUUCCAUUGCAACCGGGUAUGGUGUUCACAGUGGAACCUGGAAUUUAUAUAGGACAUGAUCGUCAAGAUGUGCCAAAAGAAUUUCGGGGCAUUGGCAUACGUAUAGAGGAUGAUGUGCUAAUCACCGGCGACAAUAACGUGGAAGUACUCACCGCCGAAUGUAUAAAAGAGCGGGCAGAAAUCGAAAAUAUGUUUUUGACUAAACGCUAA